AUGUUGUUAGUGCCUCUCUACUUCAUACUGGGCGUGCUUACAGCAACAUGCACUGGCAGAGCACAGAAUAACUGCGCAAAUAAUAAGUGCGAAAUGCUCGGCGCUACCGAAAUCUGCACCCAGUGUAACGCCGGGUAUGUCCCCAUCGGCGGCGUCUGCACUGCGCACAACGAUCAGGCCGUUGUCGCUGGGACCGGCGCCGGCUGCCAAAAGACAGGGGACACGGCUGUUGACGGGGGGUCCACCGUGUGUGAGAAGUGCACCGAGGCCAACUACUUCCUCUUUAUGGGCGGCUGCUACAAGACAGGCGAGGCCCCCGGAAAUCUGAUCUGCACGGCCGCAGCCUCUGGGAAGUGCAGCGCCUGUGUUGAGAACGGGAAUGUCUUCAAGAACAAGAAUAGCAGCCCAACGCUCGGUACAGAGUGCAUUCUGUGCUCAGACGACACAGGCUCGAAUAACAACAAGGGCGUUGCUAACUGCGCGACGUGCACUGCCCCGUCGGCGGACUCGGGCACCGCCACCUGCAAGACGUGCUUGCCUGAGUUUGCUCUUGACGGGUCGGCGAAUGCAUGUAUAUCUAACAGUGGUACUGGUGGAAACGUCAACAAGAGCGGCCUCUCCACUGGUGCUAUUGCAGGAAUCGCCGUGGCCGUUGUUAUCGUCGUCGGGGGCCUUGUGGGCUUCCUCUGCUGGUGGUUCCUCUGCCGGGGAAAGGCGUAG